CCAAUAAUGGUAAAAGCUGCCAAAUAGGAUCUCAGUUCAGAGUGACAGACAAUUCCAUUUGGAGCAGCAACAGGACAGCCAGAUCAUGUAACUUCAGCCUUGGAUACUUUGCAAGGAGUCAUCUCCCAGUGAAAGGGAAGGACAACGUGAACUGACGGGUCACUUGGAACAGAACUUGGUUAUCACAGCGAAAAUGAUAUUUAAACAACUCAUCUGGCUGGUGGCUUUGGUUGGGCUGGGGUAUUCUAAUGAAACAACUGUUGAACCAGAUGUCACUGAAGUUGAAUCUGAUGUCACUGAAGUUGAACCUAUCCCUGACCUCAGUGAACCUGAAGCUCCAGCAACCACUCCACAAGAAUCCCCCCAAAUAAUUCAUGGUUGCCCAAACUGGAUGGCAGGAAUACCUGGCAGUCCUGGCCAUAAUGGCUUUCCUGGCAAAUCAGGCAGAGAUGGUCAUGAUGGUGCAAAAGGAGAAAAAGGAGAAACAGGAUUGCCAGGACCAAAGGGUGAUGAAGGAGAGCCUGGACAACCAGGUGUGGAUGGAGAACAAGGGCUUCCUGGACUCCCUGGGCAUAAGGGAGAAAAGGGAGACAGUGGCUAUUAUUACCGCUCAGCAUUCAGCAUGGGACUGACCACAAGAAAUCCUGUCCCAAACAUCCCCAUUAAAUUCUCCAAAAUCUUCUACAAUGAUCAAAGACACUACAAUGAAGAGACUGGUAAAUUCACUUGUCCAUAUGCAGGGGUGUACUUCUUUUCAUAUCACAUCACUGUUUAUACUAAGGAUGUCAAAGUUGGCCUGUACAAAAACAACAAAGUUAUCAUUUUUACUUAUGAUCAAUUUCAGAAUAAUAAUGUAGACCAAGCUGGAGGCUCUGUUGCAAUUCAUUUAGAUGAAGGGGAUGAAGUGUGGUUACAGGUUUAUGGAGACAAUACAUUUAAUGGGAUUUAUGCUGAUAACAAUAAUGAUUCCAUUUUUACAGGAUUCCUUCUGUACCCAGAUUUGAAUUAAACACGUUUUAUUGUUACACUCUGAAUACCAUUACACAAUGUCUAUUUACAUUACUUUGACUUUGUCACUACUAAUUUCUUUUUCCAGUAAUGAGUUAAAAACACUAACCAAGUAGCAAAUAAUAGUUAAACAAUUUGCUCGUUUGCACUGGAUCAGCAAGCUCCAUUAUAUAUGCAGUUUUCAUAUAUUCACCCUAUAAGGCUGUCAAUGAAUAAAUGAAUAAAUCAGAUACUUAACUAAGAA